CUUUGCACGAUCGAUAUGGACUGCCCGCAUGUUGGCUAUUACUGCCCCGAUGACCCUACCAAUGGUGAAGACCCGUACUGGAGGAAGGUGUGUGUAUCACAGAAAAGUGAAGGAGAGGCGUGCGAGGGCGAUAGAGAGUGCCAACCGGACUGUAGAUGCAAUACUCAUGAGAGCUCACCUAA